AAACAUAUCCAUAUUCAAAAACUCUCAAAGAAAAAAUGUCUAACAUCACUUUAUAUGAAGAAUUAUACGAUGCUCAAUUUGAUUUAAGAGAAGAAAGAAGAAUUCAUCAAAAUCAACAAGAAGAAAUUUAA